GUGGCUAGGGGACGCCAAGUCUGUCCCUGGGCCGGAGAAAAGGCGGCAGGCGACGGGCAGAGGGGGUCGUGAAGUUAGCUACGGAUCGGCCCAAGGCGGCGCGGUUGGAGAGGUCCCCUCCGAGUGACACGCCCCCACCCGCCGCGGUCUAAGUGGUUCAGCCCGAGAAUUCUUCAUUCAUAAAAAAGAAAAGACUCCGCGCGGGCGAAGAGUGAGUCAGAACCCCAGCCACCGCCGCGGACCCCAACGGAGCCGCCAGCCAAGGGCAUGUACCGAGACUUCGGGGACCCGGGACCCAGCUCCGGGCCGGGCAGCGCGUACGGAGGCCCCGCGCAGCCCUCGGCGGCUACGCAGGCGACCCAGCAGCAGAAGUUCCACCUUGUGCCAAGUGUCAACGCUGUGAGUGGCAGCCAGGAAUUACAGUGGAUGGUGCAGCCUCACUUCCUGGGCCCCAGCGGCUAUCCCCGACCUCUGGCCUACCCCCAGUACACCCCCCCACAGCCCCGGCCAGGAGUCAUACGAACCCUGGGGCCACCUCCAGGAGUACGUCGAAGGGCCUGUGAACAGAUCAGCCCAGAGGAGGAGGAGCGCCGUCGAGUGAGGCGGGAACGCAACAAGCUGGCCGCUGCCAAGUGCAGGAACCGAAGGAAGGAACUGACCGACUUCCUGCAGGCGGAGACAGACAAAUUGGAGGAUGAGAAAUCUGGGCUGCAGCGAGAGAUCGAGGAGCUGCAGAAGCAGAAGGAGCGCCUUGAGCUGGUGCUGGAGGCCCAUCGCCCCAUCUGCAAAAUCCCAGAAGGAGACAAAAAGGACAGAGGGGCUACCAGCAGUGCCAGCCACCCCAGCAGCCCUCCAGCCCCCUGCCGCCCUGUCCCGUGUAUCUCUCUUUCUCCAGGCUCUGUACUUGAACCUGAGGCAUUGCACACCCCCACCCUCAUGACCACACCCUCGCUGACUCCUUUUACUCCCACCCUGGUUUUCACCUAUCCUAGCACACCAGAGCCUUGUGCCUCAGCUCAUCGAAAGAGCAGCAGCAGCAGCGGGGACCCCUCCUCUGACCCUCUAGGAUCCCCCACACUCCUUGCCUUGUGAGGCACACACCACACCCCUUGUAGGUGCUACCUUCCCUAGCCAUCUCCUUUCUCCCGUGGAUCCAGCUGGCCUGGACCAUAUACCGUACCAUGCCCAAAGCCAGCAAGGUCCCUUAUCUCUCCAGACGAGAGACAACCCAUUAUGCUUUGAUGUAUAUAGCCAGCUUCAGCGGAAGUGGCCGAAGCUGCUCUUGCUUCUCUGGAGCUGGCCUAACACAAUUUACGGAAAAUCAGACAAAAAUAUUUCUCCUUUAUGCCUGAGAAAUCCUGGCAGCCCAAAGACUUUGUAGAUCCUUAGAGGUCCCCUGGAGCCCUAACUCCCUGCAGACCACCAUCACCCUCUCUUCCUGGGAUCCAGCCAACCCUAACUCUCCGACAGAAGGUGGCCUUUUACUAGCCUAGAACACUAACACAGCUCCCACUCCAGCAGCACCAUGAUUGGACCAGGGCGUUCUGCAGGCUCCUCCUGAACGGCGCCAGCUCAGGAGGUGCCAGAGGCAUCUGUGAUGAGCUGAGCUCCGAUCUCCAGCUCUGAGAAGCCUUUUAGCUCCAGAGAAUCCAAGCCGCCACAGCGAGGGAAGCUGCUAUUUAUUUUCCUAAAGAGGUUAUUUUUAUACAAAUCGUCCAAAAUGGAAUAAAAGGCUUGAAGCUCUA